AAGUCUCAUCAGUUCCUUAUCUUUUCUGUAAUCUGCCACGACCCAGUUAUCUCCCCUCUCUCUCCUCUCUCUCUCUCUCUCUCUAGAGCGAGCAUGGCCGCCACGCUCAGCUUUCUGAAACUGCCUCCUCUUGUUCCGACAAAACCAAACCCCAGUCUCUCAAAACCCAAACUUCAAAGCACCCAAAAUAAACUGCGCGUUCCACUUUCACCCAAAUCCUCCUCUGACCCACAAACACAAAACCUUCUCAUUCAAGCCCUUCGUCAGCUCGAGUCAUCCUCACUUCCCCUCACAGCCCUCACAUUGCCCUUCUUCUUCGACCCCAAGAAUGCAGCUGCUGUGGACGGGGAAUUUGGAAUAUUGGAGGGAAGGUCGUUUGCUUUGAUUCACCCAAUUGUGAUGGGGAGUUUGUUCUUGUACACAUUGUGGGCCGGCUAUUUGGGAUGGCAAUGGAGGCGAGUCAGGACGAUUCAGAAUGAGAUUAGUGAGCUCAAGAAGCAAGUUAAGCUUACCCCAGUUACGCCAGAUGGGAAACCUGUGGAAGCACCACCAUCACCUGUUGAAGUCAAAAUUCAGCAACUCACUGAGGAGAGGAAGGAGUUGUUGAAGGGGUCUUACAGGGAUAGACACUUCAAUGCAGGGUCAGUACUGCUAGGAUUUGGGGUGUUUGAGUCUGUUGGUGGAGCAAUUAACACAUGGUUUAGGACAGGAAAGCUAUUCCCUGGACCCCAUUUGUUUGCAGGAGCAGGUAUCGCAGUGCUCUGGGCGGCCGCGGCAUCCCUUGUUCCGGCAAUGCAAAAGGGGAACGAGACAGCCAGAAAUCUUCACAUUGCAUUGAACACACUAAAUGUUGCACUUUUUAUUUGGCAAAUACCAACUGGAAUUGACAUUGUCUUCAAAGUCUUUCAGUUCACUACUUGGCCUUAAGCUACAGAAAUCACAUCUAUGGAUACUUCCAUUACGUUAGGAAGCUUUUUUACCAUCUUCAGUUUCAAGUUCUCAUUCUUUCUUAUGUAUGACACCUUCUAUUUCAAGUUUUUCUU